GUCGAAAUUACAAGAGAGAGAUGCCAUCUACAAAGAGUUCUCCUUCAAAAACUUUAAUCAGGAGGAAAGACACUCAGUGUCAGGCAUUUGUGAAGAGAAUCAUAACGAGUCCUCUGUUUAAGAUGAUCAUGAUCAGCAUCAUCUCGAUGAACGCCUUUGUGGUGGUCUUGUGUACUGAUUACAAAACAAGAUACAAGUUGUUCAGACUUUUUGAGAUCUUGGAGAUGAUCUUUGUGACUGGCUAUAGCGUUGAGUUCUACAUGAAGGUUUAUGUGGACCCCAUCAACUACUGGAAGGAUGGCUACAACCUGCUAGAUGUGGUGAUUAUCAUCACUCUCUCGAUCCCCUACUUUCUCUGCAAGAUCAAGGGCAAGCACUAUCCCUACCUCAACAUUGCUGAUGGCAUCCAGUCCCUGCGCAUCCUCAAGCUCAUCACCUAUAGCCGUGGCAUCCGGACGCUCAUCACCGCCAUCGGGCAGACAGCCUACACCGUGGCCUCCGUGCUCGUCCUGUUCUUCGUCCUGAUGUACAUCUUUGCCGUCCUGGGCUUCUGCCUGUUUGGAGGUCCCGAAGGGGGCGACCUGAACAACUGGGAGAACCUGGCUGGGGCCUUCUUCACCCUCUUUAGCUUGGCGACGGUCGACGGCUGGACAGACCUGCAGGAGAAGCUGGACAACCGGAAUUUCAUGCUGAGCCGAGCGUUCACUAUCACCUUCAUCUUGAUUGCCUCCUUCAUCUUCCUCAGCAUGUUCGUGGGUGUGAUGAUCAUCCACACUGAGGACUCCAUUAAAAAGUUUGAGCGGGAGCUGAUGCUGGAGAGGCACCUGACGCUCCUGAAGGAGAAGCAGGUGAUCUUGAAACGGCAGCAGGAGGAGGUCAGCAGGCUGAUGCAGAUGCAGAAAAACGUUGACUACAGAAGUUUCACUGAGCUGGUGGAGAACUUCAGGAGGACCCUGCGGCAUACUGACCCCAUGGUCUUGGAUGAUUUUGGCACUAGCCUGCCCUUCAUCGAUGUCUACUUAUCCACCCUGGACAACCAGGACACCACGAUCUACAAGCUACAAGAGCUGUACUACGAGAUCGUGCACGUGCUGGGCCUGAUGCUUGAAGACCCACCGCAGAAGAAGCAGUCCCACUCCUCAGAAAAGGCGGAUGACACGUAGUUUGGUGUGGGCGCCCAGACCCAGAGGGCCUCAGCCUGUGAGGGGCCCCAGUAAACACGGGCUUUCUGGGCUGGCCUCUGUACUGUUGCUGUGUCACGGCGCUUCCCCACCCUGAGGGCUGGGUCUGGGCAGGUGCCAUGGCGCCCGAUUCCCCAACACCCCCCGCCCCAUGAUGCAGCCAGAUCUCUGGGGUGGCAGGAGGAGGCUCAAGACUUGUCCUGGCCAGGGGGCACACCCAGAGGCCACACUGGACCUCUCCUCCCUUGACCCAGUGCAGGGACCCACUGUGUUCCUGGGGAAGCUGCCUGAGGACCCCGGCCCCAGAAGGGCCCAGACCUAGCAGCCCCCUACGAAUGUGUGGCUCCUCCAAGCUGAUGUGACCUACUUCCCUCUUGGAACCUCUGCAGCGCUCACCUCUGGGUCAUCCCCACACCUGGCAGAGCUACAUCUCUCUCUGUGGGCCCACUGCCCUGGGUACCCUCUUUGGAAGUCGUCCCUGCUUUCUCCUAGGCUCACAGAGGCCGUGGUGCUCUGAGGGGGUGGCCGUGACUGGCAGGGCUCUGUUGUGUGGGCAUGGAGGUCGGGGUAGGCUGGUCUGGCUGGCUAGCUUCAGGCACUUUGGGCUGCUUCCCCUUUUAUGGUCAGUUAGGACUCUUCACCGAAAAGGUGGGCUUUUCUGCAACAUUCCUCGCCAGGUGACUGCCAGAGUUGCUGGGGCCCUGGGGCCUGCUGGUUCAGCCAUAAUGGAGCCAUUUGAAGGCCCAGGUGGGGCAGGGGGCUGCUACCCCUUGCCCCCAAGUGGCCAGGCCAGAGGUCUGGUUGUUUCCCCUCUGCUCCAUGGCUGGGGAAUACUUCUGAAGCCUGUCACCUUGGCAGUGACAUCUCAGACAGAAGGGGGUGGGUUCUGGGAGCAGCCAAGUGCAGAAAGACCCAGGACCCACACUGGGGAGUCAGGUCAGCAGAAAAUACAUGGGGUUGAGUCGAGAGCGGCUGGACACGAGGGUGCCAUGGGUAAGCCCGUGGGUUCCGGGCCUGGGAUAGCACCCCUGAGGCCACAGGACGAGGGCAGGUAGGAACCUAUAUUCAUGGUUUCAUUUCUGUAUUGACUACCAUUUACUGAGCUGUUGGGUGCCAGGAUUCUGUGAAGAGAGGCCCACGGUUGAGUAGGGGAGAAGGAGAUCCAGUGAGACUGGACGAGGAAGUCUCCUGAGGAGGCGACAAUGCCUAUUUGAGUGCAGGGAGCGCGCAUCCGCUAGGUACUCACAUCGUGUCCGUUUGCGGGUGUUCACCUCUCGGGACCAAACUGAGAAUUUGUGAGCAGUGCCUGGGGCUGCUCUGGAGAGCGAGGCCUGUUGCCCUGCUGUGGGGGAGACCUCUCAGGGCAGGGAGUGGAACCUGGCUGCCCCUGGGGGUGGGGAGGGCGCCGUGCCACUGCCCGGGAGCCGGGCCUGAAGGAAGCAGGGUGCCCCUGCCCUUCGUGGCAGGGGGAGAGGUGCGGGGCCUCAUGUGUUCAGUGCCUCUCCAUGCGGCUGGGGUUCCCAGGGGUGCUGGGGUGGGUGAGCGCAGUCAGCAGGGCAGCCAGGCCUCCGGGCAGAGGCCCCACUCGGCGCGGGGACGCAGCAGACAGAGGUGGCCAAGGGCUCGCAGCGGCUGUGCCAGCUUUGCUCCGGGGAACACGAGAACACAUCAGCUGCUCUCGCCGGAGCCCUGGGAACUGCCCCAGGGAUCUGGGAGCGAGCGAAAGAUUUAAAACUUGCCUCAGGGAGUUAGAAAGAACCCUGAUUUCCGAGUCAGGAGACGGGGAUUCCUUCAUCGGUGACCGUGGGCAAGGCGUCCAGGCCCUGGAAACCUCGGCUGUCUGCUCCGAGAAGUGGGCUGAUAAGACCUUAAGGAUCGGAUAGAAUGGUGUAAAACAAGAUGUGGUCGACUUAGCCAUGUGUGCUUUCUGGCUGUCAGCUCUGCCGCUGCUUGGCGGCCAGCUGCAGAGUGGGCUGUGCCAGCCAGGGGCUGAGAGGGGCAGGGCCAAUGUCAAGGUGGCGGGAGGAGGGUCAGGAGCUGAGAGCAGGGAGUAGAGGUCAGGAACCUGUGGGGGGUGGGGCUGGUGCAGGGCGGGUGGCCAGCAAGGCAGACCCGGGUGGGAGGUCUGGGUUCCAGGCCCAGCAGGGAAGCCUCGUGCCUGGGCCACUGGCCUGUGGCAAGCUGCUUCUAAGGGCACAGGCAGAAGGCUGUCACGGAGCAGAGAACUGUGCGAGGGUGACGUGCGGAGGGCUGGCCCAACACGGCUGGCAGAACGAGCUGGCGGAUAUUUGGCGCAAACUCUCAAAGCAGCAUUUCUGCUUGGCUCCGCUCGCCUGUAGAGCAAACACUGGUAGGCUGGAAUUCCCACUUGGGCUCUCACCAACUCAAACAGGCUUGGCCAAGCUUUGAAUUGAUUUGCUUGGGGCAGAAGUGGCUCUGCUUGUCCAGGCAGCGGAAGCAGGACCCUCCUGCCCUCCCCACACCCCGGGAUCCAGCAGAGCUGUCCCCAAAUGGCCCUCUCAUCUCCGUUCUGCCAGUGGGGGGGUUUGGGGGCUGCACUCAGAAGCAGGGGGCACCUGGGCCUGAAUCUUUGGGUCACACCCAGGCCCUCCCCCAGCUCUGUAGGAAGGAUCUGGAAUCCAAGGCUGGAGGUGUUUGGAAGGUGACCAGAUUUUUUUUCAAACUGCUGUUGGUUCUACCAGCAGGAAGCUGCUCCUGUAUCAGGGAGACCCAGGCAGUGCCUGAGAACGCACGCUUCCUAUUUGCUCCCGCAGCUCCACAGUCCAGCGUGGAGAUGCCGGGAAUGUGUGCCUUCUGUUUUCCUCCAGUGUGGGGGAGGCUAGACACCUCCUAGAACAAACUGCCCUUCACCGGGGCAGGCUUUGCUCUCAGGGGUGUCUCCCCCUGUUCUGCUCCCUGUCCCUAGCCCCAAAUGGCCUGGGUCUGCUCCGUUGUCCCGCAGACUCAAGAGAGAUGGCCCUGAAUUCCUAAGGAGGCUACUCAGGAAGGAGAGGGGGUGGUUGCUGAUUCCAGUCACAGGGAUGGGAGGUGGGGACAAAGGAACAAGAUGUGAUGGAGUGCCCGCUCUUCCCCAUGCUCUGCCACUAGGAAUGGUAUCUGUCCUUGGCCGGCCACAUGCCUCACCUUCCCCAGGCUCUGGCUUUGGUUUUGGCUUUGCCUCCAGCUUGGUGCGAUACAGCACCUGGAGAACAGGGAGAGCCAGGCCCGGAGCGCUACAAGGAAAGGGAGUGUUGUGCUUCCUUGGUCAGCUCCUGGGUGCUCCUCCCUGGCAGAGAGUUGGGCGGUGGGAAGAACAGGGAGAAAUCUGCCUGGAGGCUAAUAAGGCUGCAGGGACCUGUGUGGCCAGGGGCUGGGACAAGGGGGAGGGGGCCAGGCUGAGGCCUGGGAGACGGAGACCAGCAGACAGAGCCUCCGACGUGGCUGGAGUGUGAGACCUUGAGACCCGGGAAGGGGAGAAGCGGGGUGACAGGUGUCCUGGUAGGGUAAGAGCUGGCCCCUCCCCGACGUUCUCUGAGGCAAAUGAUGGCUGGGACUGUUUAAAGAUGAGUGUUGAUGGUUGAACUAUACCUUAAA